AUGAAUGGCCAAAUGCUGAAUUUGUGGAGCCCUGUAGCCCAAACAGAACUUAGUGUUCAAAGGCGAAAUGCAAAUUACAAGCCCAACAUAUGGAACUAUGACUCGUUACAAUCUCUUACCAGUAGCAUAUACUCUGAGGAAGACUACGCAAGACAAGCAAAUGAACUAAAAGAGGAACUAAAGUGGAUGUUUGUGGACGCGAUCAGUACUGGUAAAUUGUCAAUUCUACGCCUUAUAGACAGCAUACCAAGAUUAGGUUUGGCAAGUUAUUUCAAGGAUGAACUCAAAUGUUACCUAAAUUCCAUAAGUAGAUCCCCCCACGAGUAUUUCGGUUCGAGCAUAGAUGACCAUGAUCUUUAUGCUACGGCACUUGGCUUUAGGCUUCUCAGGCAAUUUGGGUAUGAGGCAUCCCAAGAAUUAUUUCAAGGAUUCGUGAAUGAAGCGGGAAAAUUCAAGCCAAGUGCAACUUUCAAUCUUGAACCGUUGAUUGAACUCUUCGAAGUCUCGAAUGUGGGAUGUGAAGGAGAGAAUAUAUUGGAUGAGGCCAGACGAUUUUGCACUCAAAAGCUGGGGUGGUGGAUGGAACUUGGGAUCAGUCAAAAGUUGAGCUUUUCUAGGAAUAGAAUGGUACAAAGUUUUCUAUAUGCAGGUGGAGUGGCAUAUGAGCCUGAGCAUGGAAGCCUUAGAAAAUGGCUAAGCAAAGCCAUUAAGUUGGUCCUCAUAAUUGAUGAUGUUUAUGAUAUCUAUGGUUCAUUUGAGGACUUGGAACGCUUCACCAUUGCUGUAGACAGCGGGGAAGCUUUUGUCAAUCCUCGCUGUUGGAAGUAAAGUGGGAAAAUGAGGGCUACACACCAUCACUCGCAGAAUACUUAGAUAAUGCUUUCAUAUCUUCAUCUGGUCCUUUAUAUUCUCUCCAUAUAAUUUUCGGAAUAGAAACUCCAGCAAUAAAAACCAUCUCGGAAAUUUUCGAUGAUAAUAAGGACUUGAUUUACCAUACUUUCUUAAUCAUACGUUUGUGCAACGAUCAAGGAACUUCCACGGUGUGUACUUCAUAAAAAUUAUCAUUAUAUUCCAUAUCAAUUUAUAUGAGUAAAUUUCCAAAAUCGUUUGUGCCGAAUGCAAAUUUCUAUCAAUUCAUUUGAAAUUAAUUAGAUGUCGACUGCUAAUUAUUUUGUACUUGCGAUAUGAUUGUUGCAUAUAUUAUGUGUAGGACGAACCGAACAAGAGAGAAGAGACGCUGCCUCAUCAAUGUUUUGUUAUAUGAUGGACUCGAAUGCAUCGGAAGCUAGGGCAAGAGAGCACAUCAAAAGCAUAAUAAUAUUAAAGGCAUGGAAGAAAAUCAAAGGCCAUUCCCUUGUUGGACAUGAACCCAUCAAGCACUGCUUACUAAAUGCAGCAAGAGUAGCCCAUUUCAUAUACCAACAUGCAGAUGGAUUUGGGGUCCAGGACAGGAACAGGAAUCCAGUCGUCUCCAACUUAAUAGAAUCUCUAUAAUUAGCACAUCAUCAUUUCCUGCAUUGUGUAAUAGUGUCACACUUCCUAUAACACGCCCACGAUUCUAGUAAGACUUUGAUACGAUGUAUUUUGUGUGAUUAAGCUACCAGAGAAUUGGAACAUUUCCAUCAUACAAGUUCAAAACAUCAUCUUAUUAUAAGCCAGAAAUGACUUUAAUUAGUUCCACUACAAGCAGCUGAAAAAGACAGUUCUAACAAGUGUAUAGUGGUGUUUUCUUUAUUCCUUGACAACCUUCUUCUCAUCCUCAGCAUCCUUUUUAUCACCACCACCACCACCAAAGAAGUCAGAGAAAGUAGGCAGCUUGAUCUCACCCUUCUGAGAAAGGGGAAUGGUGAAGUUUCCGAUCACCGGGAGGUCGAUGAUGAGGCCGAUGUCGAUCUGAUAAUCAAUGUCCCAAUCAGCGCCAAUGUCUCUGGCCAAGCUCAGCAGCACAUUGUAGGGAACCUUCACCGGAACAACCAACAUGGUGGUGUCACUACCCUUGAGUGAGCCCGGGUCAGGGAUGGUACCGGAGGCAAUCUGCCUGUUUUUUAUGUUACCAAACCAAAAGCCCGCAAAAUGAAACCAUAAUUAGUCAUGCCCAAUGGGUUCGCUUUAUCACAAUUCUACCAGGAACAAUGGCCCAAAAAUGUCAUAUAAAUAUAAUCCACAUGCUUUGGUCAAAAGUAUCAACCAUCAUGAUCUUGUGCAUAACUACCCACCAUGAUAACUUCUUUUUUUUUUUUUAAAUACUACCAUUUGUUUAUUUAAUUAAUGUAAAGAAAGCAAAUGAUUCUCUAGCUGUAAUUAUUGUAGAACAAAAAGCAAAAUCCAAAACAAAACAAAAGUAUUGUUAUAUUGAAUAUCUAAUUUGCUAUUACUACCUCGCAAACGAUUAAAGAAAUGAUGACCUUGGGAAAUUAAUAAGUCUACUACUACAUAUUCGCUCCUUUUUGUAAAUAGAAUGAUACGAUUUUAUCAUGUUACGUUUUAAUCAGUCUCUAAUUGAACCGGGAAUCAAUUGAAUUCACUCCAUAUAUAUAAUCAUUACUCUAGUACGCAACUAAUACUAGUAACAAUAACACCUCAGAUCGGUGCAAAAGGAGACCGGAUUGAUCCCAUGGUGCCCGGAAAACAGAAUCAUUUAAUUUAACAAAAAAAAAAACCCAAGUAGGACGACGAUCAAAUUAAAAGGAGGAGGAGUUUUUACCGGCCAUUGCUCUUGAGGACGUAAGAGACCUCGCAGAUGGGAAUGGGAACGCUGUAAGGGUUCUUGACGGAGACGUUAGCGUGGUACGUCACGCACUCCAUGCUCACCCCUUUGAGAUCCACGUCCGUCACGGCCGCCUCCGGCUUCGGCACGUUCGCUAUCUUCUCCGUUAGGUAGUCUUUCGCCUUGUCCAACAACUCCAUUUUCUUACUCUUUCUUUCUCUCUGUUUUUUCUUCCUUUGACUGAAAAAAAAUCCCCCCUCACAAAACCAAAACAGAACCAGAAAUUAAGACAAAAUCAAAUCUUCAGGCACGAUCGAUCUAAUUUAGACUGAUGAUGAGUAGUACCCAGUCCUCGUACAUGUGUCGGCUGGGAAUGGUGUGGAUCGAAUAUAUAGGAUUUUGGGCACGUGUGAGGGGGCCGGUGUUCGGAGCUUCCUUUAAUGGCGGGCCUUGCACGUGUUCUGGGCGCGUGGCUACGAUUCGCCGCGUUAAUGGAUCUGGUUGUCCCCAAUGGUCGGCUAAAUUAUAAACUACUCUUCAAAUUUACUCAGACGCGUUGGGCCUUACAUGGAAAGUACGCAGUUUUGGAUCUAUCUAUUCAUUUCCACAAUUCAUCAAAUGGGAAAAAAAUAUGUGUUUUUCUUUUUGAAGUCGGAAAAAAAUAUGUUACUUUAAUCAGUUUUAUUAGGAUAUGGGUGAUAUUAUAAAGUUCUCUAUCUUUCAUUUUUUACAUGAAUUCUCCGAUCGUUGAUAUUGUCAGGAAGGAUGGUUCAGGUGGUAAAAGG